AUGGAGGCAUCAGACCAAAUAGAAGGGUUGCCGGCAGCUGGCGAAGUGGCAGAGACUGUCGAAGCGGUCGCCGCCCAGCGGCCGUCCAAGAAGCGUUCAUUGGAGGACGUGCAGCGAGAUGCUGAGCCUGACGCAUCAGAGCCUCAUCAGGCAUCAUCGCCUGAGCCCGAGGCCAAGAGGGCAAAGACCAACGGAACAGAUAAGAAUGAGGCAGCGGACGAGCCAGAGAAGGAGGAAAGCGCUGAGGAGGGCGAGCUGGAGGAAGAUGGUGAGGUUUCUCAGUCGUCAAUUUCCGGAUCAGAAGAAAUGGGCGACCGGGCGACCCCGUCGAGCGCAUCGGACGAUAAGUCUGAUGCAGGUAGCAAGAGGUCGACACGAUCAAUGUCGGCGGCGGCAAAAGCUCCAGCUCACGUUGGAUGGAAUCAAGGCAUCACGUCCCAAAUUCGAACAUCGCUGGGGGGGUCCGCUAAAGCUUCACCAGCUUUGGUGAAGGCCAAGUCAAAGGAAGCUACACCAACGCCUGAAUCUGCACCCGCAACGGAAGUUGCACCUCCUCAAGUACCCGCACCUGCACCCGCCCCAUCCACUGAGCCUGCCCAAAACACCAAGCAAACACGACAAGAGCGUAGGCAGGAGAAACUCGCCCAAGCUGCUACGGAGAAGCAAAAGACCCAAGAAGACCAGAAAAAGCCUUUUGAGUACGCUCCUGGUCUAUCAUUCUUUCUCCCUAACAAGAGGACAAUUCUGCAACCGAAGGGUAAUAACCUAGGCACUGGCGUCUGGAAAUCCAAGUUCAAGAGCUGGUGCCAGUCGUUCAUCAGCCGCAACAUCGAGCAGAAGGAUCAACUCAACGCCGACAUAGUCGUAGCAGCACUGCAAGAGUAUAUUGCCACCCGUGCACAGUGGUCAAAGAAGAAGCACGGCAUUGUUGCUGCAGCCGAGGCCAAGAAACCCCAAGUAAAAAACGACAUUGCCGUCAACUUGGCGACGAUAUUGAAGAGCGACGAUUACUUGAAUACGAGCACGGGAACAGGCACAGAAGAGUCCCCGAUGGUCAUAUACGAUGAUGACGACGAUCCUGAGGAAGCCUCGUCUUCCUCCGGUAAGCCUGGAUCUGGCGGGACACAAGUUGCCAACAAAGCCGGGCACGAGCAGUCGGAAGGAGCCCAACAAGUCCCGUCUGACAACUCCGAGCACUCUCAUGAUGAAUCUGCUGACGAGGGAGAGGCUGAUAGCGGUAGACCAGGCCCAGCUGUCAUGACUGAGGAGGAAGAUUUAGCCCAACAGCGCAAGUACUUUCCCGGACUUUCCGAAACCGAUCAGAUUUGUGUCUAUUGUGCUACACUCGGCCACACCUCAUCCUCAUGUCCCAAGACGGCAUGCAGGUUCUGCGAAGUUCCUCACCACUUCUCCUGGAACUGCCCCACGCGCGAAAGGUGUACUAAGUGUCGCCAGUUGGGCCAUGGCAAGGGACAAUGCACCGAGAAGCUCAUUCACUUAGAUGAGGAAGGCGCGGAGUGUGCUACCUGUGGUUCUCAAGACCACUCGGACACGGAAUGCGAGGCUCUUUGGCGGUCUUACAAGCCCAGGAAGGGCGCGAUUAAGAAGGUCAACACCUUGCCCGCCUUUUGCGCGUUCUGUGGCUCUGAAGGGCACUACUCGUCGGACUGUGCCCUUGGCAGUGACAAGCCUCCCAAUCAGACCUGGACACUGAAGAACAGAGAUCAGUAUCUCGACAAGAACGCAGCUGAUGGCCCGAUCAGUGAUUUCGCCAGCGUGCCGCAACCACCGCAGCUACAGAUCAAGGGCUCUGCGGCCAAGCGAAACCACAUCUUCUACCCCGAUAGCGACGGUUCUGAAGAGGGGGAGUUUAUCGGCCAGAAGGUCAAGCCUCGUGCCCCAGUUGGAAACAUCCAGAUGUCGACCAACAUCCAGUUCGGCAACUUUGGGGCGCCGCCAUCGCAACCUCAGCAGAACGGGCGUGGCCAGCAGAGGGGUGGGUGGUCAGCGCAGCCUCCCCUUCCUCCUGGACCUCCCCCUCCUGGCCCGCCGCCACCCGGUUCGUACUCGCGAAUGUCCAAGAGCUACAAUAAUCAGUCGCGACCGCCACCUCCGAGCAACGGCAUUGGUCGGAGCGGGUUACCCCCCAAGCCCCCAGCACCGCAGCACGGCUACCACAGCGUCGCCCCGCCUCCCAACGGACCGGGACCGAACGCGAGGAGGCAGAGGGGAAGACAGCCGGGCAAUCCGCCAACGGGACCCGCGAAUCAGCAGAACGGUGGGGGCAGUGCUGGACGUCGCAGGGGUAAGAACAGACGCGGUGGGAAGCAAGGAUGA